AUGACUCAACCUAUAAACAUACACAUUACAGUUCAAGGAACUAUAGACAAAUGCGUUACAAGCGCAUCAUGCGACAUGUACGUCAAAUUCGGUUUCGUUUCAGGCCAAGAUUGGGAAGCAUAUGCAGGUAGUAAAGCAGGUAUAUCAUAUACAACACAUGUCAACUCUAAACAUGAAGCUGUGUUCAAUUACCCUGUUGGAAUUUCUCUAAAAACACAGACACCAUACGGAUGGCCUCAAAUUGUAUUAGCCGUCUAUGGAUUAAAUAGUUUUGGCAAUGAUAAAAUAGUUGGAUAUGGAGCUAUUCACUUACCAUUAAAACAAGGAACUCACAAAUUAAAGGUUCCAUUAUUUGCCCCACAAGCAGAAUCGUUUUUCCAAAAAAUAUCUGCAUAUUUUACAGGCUUAUAUCCAGAGCUUAUUGAAACUAAUUUAGUUGCUCAAGGACCAAAUAGAGAAGUAAUGAAAACACAUUCUAGCGGUUAUGUUGAAUUAACACUUAACAUGGUUACUAACGAAUUUGAGCAAUUCCAGCUCAAGGCAUAA